AUGUUUAAGCGGCUGUCAAAGUCGAGGCGCCACAGCGCCGACGAUGUCGCCCUUUCGUUGUCGAGCCCGGCGACCCUGGACGAGCCCCCGGGGACCGGGACACCGCCGCCGCGGGACAACUGCCAGAACAUCAGCCCAGCCGCCCUGCUGAGGGUCUCGAGGACGAAGUAUUCCAGGAGGAGCUGCGGGGACGCCACCGCGAUGCAAGCGUUGCUCGCGGUGAAACAGGAACAGGAGCAGGACGUCGCCGAGGCCGAUUAUCAAAUGGUCACGGCCGUGCCCGCGUUCAUCGUCGAGCACGAGCCCGAGAAACAACGUGGCUCGAGUUUUGGAGUCUGGGGUCGGAGGAUGAGCAAGAAGAUAGACUCAUUCCGUCGGGCUGGUUCCCGCGAGACGAUCUGCUCCAUAUCCGAAAGAUCUGACGCCGGGAGUACCAACAACAAUUGUACGACAGCGAGCAACAAUAAUAUCAAGAUGGAGAAAUCACUGCCAGAUUUGAAAUCGGACAGCAAGCUGGAAAAGAGAAUACCGGGAACGUAUCACCGAUCACCCUCGCCCUUUAAAUCCUUCUUCAUCCGCAUGGGUUCCACGGGGAUGCUGAAUUCCGCGAGGGGCAACAGGCGUUCGCAGAACGUCGAGGACAGAUUGAAGACAAACGAGAAGGAGAAUCUGUUUCGAAGCUGUAGCACCAGUCAGUUGAAUACUAGCCCAACUUACGUGAAGGGCGACGAUCCAUCAGAAGGGAUCGACUUACAAAUCUCGAGUCGCAAGGACAAGACCGUGUCCUGUGACAAUCUCGCUGGGCAUCAGAACGACGACGUGUUCGACGAGCACGUCGAGACCGCGUCCCUCUACCCUCUGGGAACUCCGUCGAUGACGACUUUCAGUCCGUGCGAUUUUGGUCAAUCGAGGACCGACUCGCCGAUGCGAAAGAGCAGCAGCUGCGAUUUUAAAGAAGCGAAGAAGUCUAGUUUCCCGUACGCCUUUCUUCGAUCGAAACUUUCCGUCCUGCCCGAGGAACGUCACGGCACGUUCGCGACGAAAGACGAACGACUGUUUAAAACCGCAUCCGAGGAGCAUUUCCCCGCAUUGAAAAUCGAAGAUACGUACAACGGGACGACUACCCUCGGCCGAAGGCGUGUCCGAAAUGGAAAUUUAGCCAGAGGAAGUCCCAACAAAUCCCAGGAACCGUCCACUUCGAAACCUGGCCGAAACCCGUACACAGAAUUCCGUAAAACCCCCAGCAGAUGCGAGGACAGGUUUAGUUUAAACUCCACUCAUUUAGAGAGGAUCGAGGACAAUUUUCAUCAGGAGGACACCGGUUGCUAUAGUCCGUACGACAGCAGCCCGAUGUCCCUUCGAGGUAAUCAGCAUCCGGAAUCUCAGGACAGAGUGGAUUUCUCCGGAAGGAUCGAGUCCAGGUACUCCGAGACGUCGUCUUUGAACGUGGACUUGGAUAUGGUAGCCACGUUGAGAAACCACAGGCGGAAUUCUGCACCCAGUGGCGAGCAGAGGCUGUCGUCUCAUUAUGUCAGCUCGAACGAGUCCGGUUAUGACAGCGACGGGCCUAGAGGCGAAUCCGCGGCUGCUUCGGAGAACGAAGGUCUGAGUUUGAAGUGUACAGACAGUUCCGAUACCAGCAGCGUGGUCGACUCGGAAUUGGAGAAGCCUAUCAGAAGUUCGACUCCUAGCGAGUGCCAAGAGCAGGAGAGUAACGAUCCUAGGAUGAGGAAGAAUUCUGAAACAGCUACCGGCAGCUCCGAAUUGAACGACGGGCUCGACGGACUCCGGUGGCAUCAGAGCAAUUCUGGCCGAUUGCUGCCGAGUAUUCAUCAAGCGUAUGAUGAUACUGCCAUGAAUUCGCAGUUCCCAAUCUGUGGAAACGGGCUAAACGCGUUGCAGGGCUCGCCGAAGUCGAUCGAUAUCUCGCCUCAUCGGAUGAGAUUGCAACAGGACAAGUCCAGGUUUCUGAGUGAUAUCAUUCAGCCGCCGAAGAGAGUCAGGCGGUGUCGGAUGGUGCAGUUGCAUAAGAGAGACCCGAAGGAAAGUUUGGGAAUUCGGUUGGCGCAGCAACGGCUUGGAGAGCUGCGGUACGUCGUCGUUCAGCUGGAAAGUGAUGGAAUUGCGCAUAGGGAUGGUCGGCUGAGGCUCGGCGACGAGAUCGUCGAGGUCGAAGGCAAGGAGCUGAAGACUUUAGAGAGCUUGGAAGAAGUUCAGGAGUUUCUGAAGUCUUUCACAGGCAACAAGAUACGUUUGAUGACUGCGUACGAAGAGACAGUGCCCCAAGUGUAUGUCAGCCCACCGAGCCUACCGGGCGAAUACGAGUACCUGGAGAAUGCGAAGAACCUGUCGAACAUGUCAUUGAUCCACGAAACGAAACAAGCUACGCAAUCGGAACAGUCGAACAAACCUACGGACGAAACUGUUCAGAAGAGGCCGGAUUUCCUACCGCUUUCCUGUCUAUCCAAGGAACGGAAAGGGGAGACUAAUUUGGAGUCAACUGGGGAACCCCAACAUUAUUUGACGAGGCACAUCGCUAAGUUCGAGAAGGGUUACGGCAAGCCUAGUCUCGGGUUCAGCGUUGUCGGAGGGAGAGAUAGUCCUCGUGGUGAAAUGGGAAUUUUUGUGAGGAGGGUCUUCCCUGGUGGUCAAGCUGACGUCUCCAAAUCGUUGUUUCAAGGUGACGAGAUUCUCAGUUUAAAUGGGAAAGUGUUACGUGGGUACACACAUCAGGAAGUGAUUGAAUUAUUUAAAGCUGUGAGGGAAGGUCCUGUCGAGCUGGAAGUCACAAGGAGGCACAGGUACCCAAAAAGUACGCAGAAAUCCGCGCCAUGCUGAAGAGGCGAAACAAAACGAGUCUGCCCACCGGAAGUGCUCUUUCGACUCGAUUCUAAGCGACUGUCAAUGAUCGCACGCGAAGUUUUAGGAUUCUAGUCUAAUCAGAACGAAUCUUCGACAUUUUGACGUUUGUUUCAAUUAAUUUAUUUGACCGCGGCGCCGCGUAGCAUAAUUCAGAUUUAUGAUUAACGGUUAUUAUUUUUAUUAUUCUAUUAUAUUAUUAUGGAUGUAUAAGAUUUUAUGUAGAUACUUUAUAGCGGCGUGAAUUCAUUGUACACGAUUUCAUCUCCCUUCGUUUUUUAAUUAAUAUUAUUAUUAUCAUUAUAUUAUUAUAGAGGACAAUAAAGAGAUCGUAAUUUUAAGGGUGCUUGAGGAUCCUCGUUUCGCGAAACGAUGGUGUAAUACAACGAUCGACAAGUAAUUUACAAUUAUUAAAU